UUAUAUACACAGUAAGGCAGGUUUUCAGAUUUGCAAUUGGAUUGCGAAUGAUAUCAAAAUUAUUGACCAUAUUGAUUCCAAAUUAGUGGCCGAUGGAAUGAAAACUUUGAGAAAUGAAAACGAUAAGAAUAUCGAAAGAGUACUUGGCAUAUUUUGGAACCCAAUUAAUGAUACUUUCGAGUUCAAAACCAAAUUCCACAAAAUUGAAAAGGAUUUGUUGGAAAAUAUAAGAAGACCGACGAAAAGGGAGAUUUUGAAAAUUGUAAGAUGCUGAUACAGGAUGUUUGGAGGAGCCAGUUAGGUUGGGACGACGAAAUUACAGAUAACUUGGCGAAUAAAUGGAACAUAUGGAUUGAGGAAUUGAAGAAAAUGUAUAAUUUCAAGAUACCACGACAAUAUUUCACAUUCGAUAGGAGUUCAAGUCAUUUGCAGCUGCACAUAUUCUGCGAUGCUUCAGAAAGAUGCUAUGCUUCAGUAGCUUAUCUGAGAAUACAAUAUGGAAAUGAAGUACAGGUCAGUUUCGUAAAUGCCAAAGCAAGAGUGUCUCCUUUAAAACCUAUGUCAAUACCAAGGUUGGAACUUCAAGGGGCAUUAAUGGGUGCACGCUUAGGUAACUAUCUAAUGAAGAAUUUAAACUUGAAUAUUUCAUCCACGACAUAUUGGACUGAUUCAAAAACAGUUCUCCAUUGGAUUCGAUCGGAAGCUGGACGUUUUAAAGUAUUUGUAGCCCAAAGACUAGGUGAAAUUCAAGAAUUAACAUGUGUAACUGACUGGAAAUAUGUUAGAUCUUCAGACAACGUUGCGGACGAAGCGACGAAAUAUGUUAUCAACUCCUCAGUAUCAGCAGAUUCUAGGUGGAUAUGUGGGCCAAAGUUUCUACUAUUGAAUUCCCAGGAAUGGCCAAGAGAAAUCGAACAUGAUUUGAAAAUUGAUUCAGACAAUUUAGAAAUGAAAAGACUGGAGUAUACUUGCAUCAACUUUUCAGCACAAGAUUUGAUCCCUGAUAUUCCUAAUCCUGAAAGAUUUUCAAAAUGGACGAGACUUCUUAGAGCUACAGCCUACAUAAUCCGAGUAAGAAACAUACUACGAGCAAAAGUUUUCAUCCGGAACGAAAUUACCGUUGAAGAGUUGUAUGAAGCUGAAAUUAUUCUUUAUCGAAAGGUACAGAUGGAAUCUUUUCUAGAAGAAUACAAGAUGUUACAACAAGGUCAAAUAAUCAAGAAAACGAGUCGCCUCUUUUCAUUGUCUUGUACGUUCAGAGAAGAGGACAAGUUGAUGAGGCUAGAUGGACGAUUGAAUAAUUCUUCAUCUUUGAAUUUCGAUACGAAACAUCCGAUAAUAUUAGACCCGAAACAUAGAAUAACUAAACUGAUAAUUCAACAUUAUCAUGAAAAUGCAUAUCAUUUUGGACAAGAAAUAGUACUCAACAAAUUACGAUGUAAAUUUUGGAUUUUACGUAUGAGACAAGCAGUGAAAAAUGUUUUCCAUAAUUGUCAGCACUGUAGCAAUAGGCGAGCCAAUCCCAUGAUACCAAUUAUGGGACAAUUACCGUUAUGCAGAAUAGAACCAACAAUCAGACCAUUCAUAAAAUGUGGAGUGGAUUAUUUUGGACCCUUUGAAGUUGCAGUGAAGAGAAGCAGAGAGAAAAGGUAUGGAGUUAUUUUCACUUGUUUAGUAACCAGGGCAGUUUACUUAGAAAUUGCUCAUGACCUCACGACUAAUGCUUUUAUAAAUGUACUCCGGCAAUUUGGUUGUAGACGUGGGUUUCCUCACGAAAUCCAUAGUGACAAUGGAUUGAACUUUAGAGGGGCUGAAAGGGAAAUUUCGCAACAUCUUGACAAUUUACAACAAAAUGAAAUAAUAGAAUUUUGUUCUUUGCGAGGAAUUAAAUGGCAUUUUAAUCCUCCACAUGCACCACAUAUGGGCGGCAUAUGGGAGCGGCAAAUUCAAAGCAUAAAGAAGAUAUUAAAGGAAAUUCUGAAUACUAGGUAUCCUCAAGAACAUAUACUCAGAACCUUCCUCAUAGAGUGCGAAAAUAUAUUGAAUUCCAGACCUCUGACACACGUUUCUUCCGAUUCUCAUGACUCUGAACCUCUAACACCAAAUCACUUCCUGAUCGGACCAGAUUUUGUAGCACAACCUUGGACUGUGACUACUGACAAUCGAGAUCUUAAUCUUAUGAACAGUUGGAGGUCAGCUCAGCGUUUGGCAGACUUCUUUUGGAAGCGAUGGCUUGAUGACUAUUUACCAACAAUUAUUAAACGGUCCAAAUGGUAUCAAGAACAGAAGAAUAUCAAAGUUGAUGACAUUGUUAUAAUUGUUGAUCCAAAUGGAACAAGAAAUGAUUGGCGAAAAGCAAGAGUAGUUAAAACGUAUCCUGCCAAAGAUGGUAGAAUUCGUAUAGUUGACGUCAAGGAUGGGAAUGGAAAGGUAUACCGAAGAGCGCUGUCCAAACUCAUUGUACUUGAUCUUCAGUAGUAAUUGCUGGAAGAGAGGCAAUUACUAGGGUGGAGAAAUGUUGAAUUUAUUUGUAUCAAGUUCACUGAAUUAUUAAAAAAUGUUGCCAUAGAAAUAAAUAAGGUUGUUAGAAAAAUUAUAAAAAACCGUCAUAAUAAAUUUAAUUUAAAAGCUCUUGUCAAAUUGUUCUUCGACCCGGACAAUAUAAUAUAUCACAUUAGGUAAGA